CACGACGAGGAGCCGCCCUUUUCCCCCUUGCAACCCCGUACACUACAUUCAACGGAGUCGUCUCUCACAAGCACUUCGGAUUACCAUUGCCCGUCAAUAUCUCCAUCCGGUUUGCAGUUUGCGUCUACCUUGCCCAUCAUACCCUGCAGUUGAAGCCGAAACCCUUUCUUUCUAUUCUUCAAGGUUAUCCAGGCUGAACCAUCCCUGCGCGCACAUAUGACGCAGGCUACCCAAGCCAAAGUCAUGGGUAAGCUUCCGUUGAGCCCCGUCGACGCGGAGUCUUGCACACGACGGGAUUCACUUACAUGCCUGAGCGCCCCAUCGGCUGUCUUGUUGUUGUUUCCUUUCGGCGCCAAUAUGGUCAGAUUGUCUAUUCAAACUAGGUUUGAUCCAUCCAACCGCUUCCAACUUCCAUAUCCAUCUCGGUUCCUCGGCCGGGGCCCAAGUGUCUUGCAUGGUUUCCAUACUGUCACUGCUCUCACGUCCUUCUCACUUCAUAUACCUCGUCUAUCGUCACUUGGAAAGUUGACCAAGCUUCCUUCAACAAGCAAGACUUUUCUUACACUUUACCUAUCUCUCUUCGCAAAACUUCAUCAAGAUGAUGCCGUUACUGGUUAACCAAAAUAACAACAACAACUUCAACAUGGGUCAAUCCUAUCAGGCCCCGAUGUUCAGCACCAACAUGAUGGAGACACCUCUUGAUAAAGCGUCACAACAAUACAUCGCUGCUCAUACGCGAAACAUGUCGAGGGGUUACGGUGGACAGAAGACGACCACUUCGAUGCGGAUAACGAAGCCCAGCAGCGCCAGCACCAGCCCCCGCUAUUCGUUUUCGCAGUCCAAGAGGAAGACUUUGAUCGGUGAUGGGUUCCAGAAUCUCUAUACUCAACCUGCCGCGGCGGCGUAUCUCCCCACACCUGCGGCUGAAUUCCCGGUCGAGUUCAUGUACGACCCGGAGACGAAGCCAGCGACGACAGCACGACCAAUUAGCUGGCACCCCUCGUCGCAACAGGUGGCAUAUUCCCAGCCUUACCCUCAGGAGUCCGCGAUGGCGUUUGCUCCCUACCCGUCCUAUCAAGACUUUGGCGCUUGCACACAGUUUCAGCAACUGCCCCCAACCCCAAGCGUGUACUCCGGCUCCAACUCGCCAUGCUCGGCGUCCUUCUCCCCGCUCUCACUUCCCUACCCCAGCGUCGAUUUUCAGCAAUCACAGCAUCAGUAUGCCUCGCCAGGGAUUCAGCUCUACCAACCGGCUCCAGAAUCACCCCAAAGUAUGGCUGGCAUGGUCGGCGAUAUUUCUUACGCCGAUUUCUCCAAGGCGGAAGGCAAUGUCAUGGGAUGGACUUCCUAUGCGCCGUCAUCGAGCGGCUUGGACACAUACACAGCGCCGCCUACACCGAAUAAUUUCGAGCUGCCAGAGCAGUUCACCAACACCAAGGUGGCCUCUGAAGAGCCUGUUUCCUAUGAGGCACCGGAAGACGACGAAUCUGAUGGCGAGAUUCUGUACGGCAUGGGACUGUACGACCCCCCCGAGACCCACGAGCCCGCCGACAUGGACUUUCACCAGUCUACCGUCUCUUCACUUCUUGGAAACGCCGCAGCCUACGAGAAGCCCUCCGGCAAGGGUCUGAAGCUCGAGGACGCAUGGGAGCCUCCUGCCAGCGACGAUGAAGAGGACAAUGAAGAGCAGGAAGAUGACGAGGAGGAGGAAGAGGAAGACUAAGACUCACGAGAUUAUGACACUUGCAUGAUGAAAUAUUGAGAAGAAGCAUUACACCGGCGACGGUUUGGGACACGCAUAGCAUUUACGGGACGGAUUCCUAGAAAGGCAUAUGGGCUGGAAGCCCUAUCGAAGAUGCAUCGACACAUCAGGAAUGUGUGGCUAGGCGUUUUGGUUUGCGUUUUUUUUUUUUCCCUGUUUUGUUUAGGAGACAAAGAUACCCACCUCUGCAAAUAAAUACAUGUACAUAUCUGAACAACAUGCGAUCUCACUGUCCUUGAUUCACACCACCA